UGGGAAUCCUUCUACUGGUCACCACCCGAAACAGGAAACACGCUUGACAACAAGUCCUGGGAAAUGGUUGACAUUUACUCCUGCGGUCUGAUCCUGCUUGACAUACUGACAAUGGGAAAGCUUUUAGAGCAGAUCAGAGCGCAUGCCCAAGGAUCCGCUGCAGCGACCGAAUAUAAAAAGUCUUAUCCGUGCGCUGGCCACAAUUAAUCCACUGUUGGCUGCACAGGAAAAAAAUACGACGCUUUUUGACCAAAUAUGUGCCAGGAUGGAAAGUUAUUCGAACGAACUAGAGUACCAAGUCACGAAGCGGACCGUCGAACUAAUGGAAGAAACGGAAAAAUGCAACGCAAUAAUCAAUCAGAUUUUACCACGAUCGAUCGCCCAACAGCUUCGAGCCGGUGAAAGGAUCUUACCUGAAUUUUUUGAAUGCACCACAAUCCUCUUUACUGAUUUGCAUGGAUUCGCUGAUUUUGCUAAGAACAAUCCACCAGAAACGGCCAUUGCUGUUAUCUCGGCAACUGAAAUUUGUAUCGACAAACUGACAACCGAGUGCGACGUUUAUAAAGUGGAGGCAAUCAGUGAUUCGUUUAUGGUGGCUAGCGGAGUACCAGAAAGAAUCGGCUGUAACCAUAUCGAGCGUAUUGCUGUCUUUGCCAUAAAGCUUGUGACCCUUCAACCCCAGCUGACCUUUCUACAAAGCUUAUGUUUCAAGACUGGAAUUCAUUCGGGUCCCUGUGCUGCAGGAUUAAUGGGGCUAAAACGACCCCGUUAUUGCUUAUUUGGGGACACAGUUAACAUGGCCUCCAGAAUGUGCAGUCACGGUUUGCCAGGCCGUAUCCAUCUCAGCCCAGAUAGUCAACUUCUUCUGGAACAAUUUACCCAGUUCAUGGUCGAAGAAAGAGGCGUGCUGGCUAUUAAGGGAAAAUACGAAACAACAACCUACUGGCUUCUACCAGCGUACCGGAUGUAA